GGGAGCGGCGUUUGUUUACAUGGUGGUGAGGGUUAGGCGUAGGUGGUCUGAGGUGGUGAGAUGAAACUGAAACAUGGAGGUCCAUUGAAAUCCCCAGCCCAGGGCCUUGUGGAUAUUUAAUUGGUCCGGCCCUGAAAGUGCUGUCCAGUGAGGGCCAUCAUGGAAGACCUGACACAGCACUGAAGUAUUCCUUCCCUGAGUGAAUUCUUCCCACCGAAUUUUCCCACAGCCUCAGCAGCCGUUAUUUCCAACCAUGAUGGAUAUUCUGAGGGCUGCGGUGUUGAUCUUGCUCAUCACCCGAGGAAUACACUGCUCUCAGCGUAAAGAUAGUUUCGUUUUUGUGAUAUUGAGCCAAGAGUCUGCAAGACAUACCGAUGCUGCCCGGGCCUUGUCAUCACACCUCACCGCCGAGUGUAAACAACUUGAUGUACCGUGUGUGGUGCACUUGGCGUGGGAGGACUGGCCUGGUGUUGCUGCCUGGACGUAUUUCCCACUGCUGGAGAGGCUGAGCAACGCCCACGGCACCAACAGUUCCUGGGUCAUUAUCCUGGAGGAGUGGGUGACUGUCAGGCUGGGGAAACUUGUACACCUCCUCCAUGACUACAAUCCUUCCCAGAGGGCUUUUAUUGGACGCGGCUUGGCGGACAAAGGAGAGAGCAUCAUCCACCACUUUACUGUUGUGGAUCCAAGUCACCCCCUGUACUACCCAGACACCAGGGCAGGGAUGGUACUGUCUACUGUGCUCGUCAACAGAAUUGCCAGUAGAUGGUCAGCAGCUUCCACACGACCAGGCUCGGAUUUCACCAUCGACGCUCCGUACGAAUUUGCCAGUUUCGUGAAGUCUGAUGGGGUAGAACUGACCCACCACGAAAGCGUGUGCGUCCAGGAGAAGCCCGGGUGUGCCACGACUUAUAACCCGCCUCAGAUGUGUGACGGUGUGGUUGAGACGCACAGUGUCCAUUUUGCCGUGAAAAGCUGCGAACGAUACCAUGGUGAACGUCUGCCCAUCAUCCAGGCCACGUGGCUCAAAGACGCUACCAACCACGCCAUCUAUAGUGAUGUUGAGGACGCAGCCUUGGGCACUGUGUCGCUCGGGGUCCCAAACACCAGGGAGGGCCACUGUGGUAAAACUCUAGCCAUCAUCCAUCGAGCGGCAGAACUCCCUUCCAUACAGUGGUUGGCUGUGGUAGACGACGACACGCUCAUCAGUGUCCCUCGUCUUCGUAGGUUACUCUCGUGUUAUGACCCUCAGGACCUCGUCGCCCUGGGUGAGAAAUACGGGUUUGCGGCCACGACCCCACACGGGUACGAUUACAUAACAGGCGGAGGCGGCAUGGUCUUCAGCAAGGCGUUAGUAGAGCAGCUGGCAGCUCCUGGUGUGUGUAAGUGUCCCAGCGACAACACCCCGGAUGACAUGUUCUUGGGAGUGUGUCUAAGGAAACUGUCGGUGCCCAUCAUCCACUCCUCUGCCUUCCAUCAGAACCGACCCAAUGAUUACCCUGAGGAACUACUGCAGGAGGGAGAGCUGCCUCUAUCAUUCCACAGGUACUGGAUGUCUGAUCCUUUGGAGGAGUUUGCUCGCUGGUUGAAUCAGUCGUCUGCCAGUGAGCGUUCUUCUGUGAGCGAUUCCUCCCCGGGCAGCGUCCACGUUGAACUGUAAGACUCACUGGUAGCCGAGAUUUCAACACAUUUGAAUAUUUACUAAUUUUUCUGUGUAUAGUUGUAUCAUCAUAUUUGUCUAUACUGUACCUGCAUUGUAGUUGUCAUUCUUGUUUAAGCUGUCAUCAUUCUUGUUUAAGCUGUCAUCAUUCUUGUUUAAGUUUCCAUUAUCAUCUUUGUUUAAGUUUCCAUCAUCAUCCUUGUUUAUGUCCCCAUUUUUUUUUUCAUCAAUAUAUAUUUUUAAGCAGAAUUUUUUGUUAUUUAAAUAGUAGAUGAUAUUUACAUUGUUGCGAAUGUUUUUUUUAUGGAACACAACUCAUCUGUAGAUCAAGUAUGUCUCAAUUUUUAGUCAUUUUUUUUAAUAUAUGUUAUUUGUAAUUUUUAAGUGUCAUCCUUUUACUAUCGAGAUAAUCUUUGCUAAUAUAUACUACUUUAGUUGGCAUUGAACUGCUAAGGUCACGCUGAGUAAAGUGUCAGAGCUCGAGUGAAAGAGUUAAUAGUCUCUACUGUAUUAUCUUUGCACAAUAAAAUUACAAAAGAUAA